AUGUCUUUUGUCGUUGACCUUAUUAAGCAUAUCGCUGCCUUACUCGGAAUUUUUCGGGAGAAAGGUAACGAUGAACUUCUUCGGGAAGGACUUCAUGAGUGUACUAAGGCUACUAGGCAUAUAAAUUAUGCAUUAAAAAAUGCUUCGAGUGUUGCCGAAAAGCAACAAUUACAAGCGGCUCUCAUUAAUGUGAAAACUCUAAGGCAGCAAUUUAAAUUAAAACAAAAGAAAGGGGCGGGUCUCAAUAAAAAGAAAGCGACUGCCUGUUCUCGCGUCAAAUGGGAAGAUUUGCACUCUGCUUUCGAUUCUCGCGUUAGAACGGGCGUUAUUAUCAACCUUCACCAUACGGAUCCGAAACUGUUUUUGAAUGACUGUAAGGCCUUGUUCAAAAGACGAAUUCAGAAUAUGCUGAAAAAGGUUGAUGCCUUGAAGGUCAAUGGUGUGUUUUCUGGAGAGUUUACUAUCAAUAAAGCAGAUCAGGUAAAGACCGAAUUAAAAUAUUUAAAUACUAAAAACGGAAUAAUUUAUAAAGAUUACAAUUUAGAUAAUUGGUUUGUUAAUCAUAUUCAAAAUUCUUUGCUAGUUGAAUUGGAAGAAUUUCAAGAAAAAGAUAGCGGUUGGGCGUUAUCUGAAAUUAAAAAUUUAACAGUAAAUAUAAAUAAAUAUAAUCCUUUAAGAGCAGGUACCUUUAUCGAUCUUCCCACACAAAUAAAAAGAAAAGAGGCUUGUGUAAAUGUCCAAAAUUCCGAUGAUAUGUGUUUUGCGUGGGCCGUACUAUCAUAUCUGUAUCCUGUCUCUUCAGAAGUUGCAAAAAGAACUUCUUCUUAUCCAGAUCCUCAGAAAGUAUUAAAUUUAAAAGGCAUUCAAUUUCCUAUGACUCUUAAACAAAUUCCGCGAUUUGAAAAACAAAAUAAUUUAUCGAUUAAUGUAUACAGGUUGGAACAAUUAAAUAAAUCUUUCAACGUUAUUCCUACUCAUCUAACUAAAAAUAAACUAGAACGGCAUAUCAAUCUCCUUAUGAUACAAGACAAUUAUUUCAGUUCAGAUAACGAGGAGCAAAUAUUUACUCCCGUUAAAUUUCAUUAUGUAUGGAUCAAAAAUUUAUCGCGUUUAGUUUCAAGCCAGAUAAACAAGAAACAUGGAAAAAAAAUUAUAUGUGACAGGUGUCUUCACUAUUUCUAUGAUGAAGACAAAUUAAAUUUACAUUUAAAAGACUAUUUUUCAUUUAAAACUAAAGUUCCUUUCACAAUUUAUGCCGACUCUGAAUGCCUUUUAAUACCCACCGAAGAUAACAAAACUAAAAACACUCAAAAAUAUCAAUCACAUAUACCGUUUAGCGUAGGAUACUAUGUUAAAUGUGAUUACGAUGAUUCGCUCUCGUUUUAUAAAUCGUACACAGGACCGGACUGUAUUGAAUGGUUUGUUAAAGAACUGUUUGAUUUCGCCGAAAAUGUGGAAACGGUUUUCCUUUGUGAUCUACCAAUGGAUAUGCUUACUCCUGAACAAACGCGAGCUUUUUUAAAUUCUAAAUUAUGUCAUAUAUGUGAAUCUCCUUUUAAUACCGAUGAUAAAAAAGUUAGAGAUCACUGCCAUCUAACGGGGAGAUAUCGAGGUGCGGCCCAUGAAAAAUGCAAUUUAAAUUUUCAAGAUAAACAUAUAGUCCCCGUUUUAUUUCACAACUUUAGUUCGUACGACGGACAUCUGCUGAUUAAGGCCCUGGCAGAAGUAGAAGGAUCUAUUGAUGUAUUGCCCGUCAAUAAAGAAAAAUAUAUAUCAGUAACUAAACAUGUGCCCGGAAAUUUUGUUCAAUUUAGGUUUCUAGAUAGUUUUAGAUUCAUGGCAUCAAGCCUGGAUACUUUAGCUUCUAAUCUAUCGGAAUAUCCAAUUCUAAAGUCGGAAUUUCCACACUUAAACGAAGAACAUUUCAAUUUGCUUACUCGAAAAGGUAUUUUCCCAUAUGAUUUCAUGGAUGAUUGGAAUAAACUGAAUGAAACUCAACUACCUCCUAAACCCGCCUUUUACAAUAAAUUAAAUGAUUCAUAUAUCAAUGAUAAAGAUUAUGCGCAUGCUAAAACAGUUUGGAAUAUUUUUAAUUGUCAAAAUAUGCGUGAUUAUUCAGAACUGUAUAUGAAAGUAGAUAUUCUUUUACUGGCUGAUAUCUUUGAGCAGUUUAGAACUACGUCCCAUAAAACUUAUUGUUUGGAUCCAGCUCACACUUAUACUCUUCCCGGAUACGCUUGGCAAUGUAUGUUAUUUCAAAUGAGGAAAUCUGAUAUUAAAAAACUUGAACUCCUUACAGAUUUGGAUAUGGUACUCUUCAUUGAAAAGGGAAUUCGGGGCGGUCUGAGUCAAUGCUCGAAAAGGUACGCUGAAGCGAACAAUAAGUACAUUCCAUCGUACGACUCCUCUAAAGACGAAACCUAUCUUAUGUAUUUCGAUAUUAAUAAUCAAUACGGGUGGGCCAUGUCACAAUACCUUCCAUAUGGCGGUUUUAAAUGGCUUAACGAAAAUGAAAUUUCAAAUUUAAAUAUUCAGAAUAUUAGCAAUGAGUCAAAUAAGGGAUAUAUAUUAGAAGUCGACCUGUAUAUUCCAUCCGAGGUGCAUGAUUUCUUUUCUGAUCUACCCCCUUGUCCUGAACAUGAUAUACCUAAAGGGUCUAAAAAUUCUAAAUUAUUAGCCACGUUAUAUGAUAAAAAAGAAUAUGUUGUUCACUAUAAAAAUUUACAACAAGCUUUAGCUUUAGGCGUUAGAGUAAGAAAAAUUCAUCGUGUUUUAGAAUUUAAUCAGUCUCCCUGGUUAAAAUCGUAUAUUGAUUUAAACACACGGCUCAGGCAAGCUUCAAAAAAUGAUUUUGAAAAGAAUUUGUUUAAAUUGAUGAACAACGCGGUUUUCGGUAAAACCAUGGAAAAUAUCCGUAAGCAUUCUUCUGUUAAACUUAUAACAAUGUGGGAAGGUCGAUACGGGGCAGAAUCGUUAAUUUCAAGACCUGAAUUUAAAAGCAGCACCAUAAUUAAUGAAAACCUUAUAAUAAUUGAAUUAUCUAAAUCUGAAAUAUAUUUUAAUAAACCAAUUUAUGUGGGAAUGUGUAUUUUGGAUUUAGCGAAAACCACAAUUUACGAUUUCCAUUAUAAUUAUAUGAAAAAAACUUUUUCCGAUUGUACCGUUCUGUAUACUGAUACCGAUUCGCUGAUUUAUGAAAUUAAAAAUCAAGACGUCUAUGAUGUAAUAAAACGAGAUUGUUCGCUGUACUUUGACACCAGCGACUACUCUCCAGAUAAUAUUUAUAGUAUUCCUCUAGUAAAUAAAAAAAUUCUCGGUAUGAUGAAGGAUGAAAAUAGCGGACGUACUUACCGUGCGCCGCCGCCGCCGCUACAGCCGCCGUAUCCUCCUCCUCCUAAACAAAGCUGA